AUGGAUACAUUUGUUUUCCAUGAGUGCUUCCUGCAUCCGUGUCAGAACAAGGGGACAUGUGAGGAGGUUGGAGCAGGAUAUGUGUGCACCUGCAUGCCCGGGUUCACAGGUGCCAAGUGUGAGAUUGACAUAGACGAGUGUAACUCUGCUCCCUGCCAAAAUGGAGGCCUGUGUAAGGACGGCAUAGGAGACUUCCAGUGUCAGUGCAAGCCUGGAUUUUUAGGUAAAGGGACCUUUGAGUUUGUUUUCCAUGAGUGCUUCCUGCAUCCGUGUCAGAACAAGGGGACAUGUGAGGAGGUUGGAGCAGGAUAUGUGUGCACCUGCAUGCCCGGGUUCACAGGUGCCAAGUGUGAGAUUGACAUAGACGAGUGUAACUCUGCUCCCUGCCAAAAUGGAGGCCUGUGUAAGGACGGCAUAGGAGACUUCCAGUGUCAGUGCAAGCCUGGAUUUUUAGGCUCUUUGUGUGAGGCGGAGGUAAACGAGUGCCACUCCAACCCGUGUCUCAAUGAAGGCGCGUGUGUGGACGAGGUCAACAAGUUCGCCUGCAGCUGUUCCACGGGCUUCACAGGAUCUCGCUGUGAACUGGAAAUCGACGAGUGCCUGUCCAACCCCUGUUUGAACGGCGGCGUGUGCGAAGACAUGACCGGUGGUUACACCUGUAACUGUGCCGUUGGAUUCUCAGGGGACAGCUGUGAGAUCGACACUAAUGAGUGUUACAGCUCUCCCUGCCUGAAUGGAGGCUCGUGCCUGGAUGCUGUGAACAGUUUCAGAUGUCAGUGUGUGGAGGGUUACCGAGGCCGGCUGUGUGAGGUGGAUGUGGAUGAGUGUGAUCCGAACCCCUGUGUAAAUGGGGCCAGCUGCUUAGAUGGACUGGGGUCCUACACCUGCCGCUGCCUCCCUGGGUUCAACGGAACCAGGUGUGAGACAGAGAUGUCCUCUGCCUUCAACCUGGACUUUGAGGUGUCUGGCAUCCACGGUUAUGUGAUGAUGGACGGAGUGAUGCCAGCGCUGACCGAAAUCACCUGCACCUUCUGGAUGAGGUCAUCUGACACCACUAAUUACGGCACACCGGUGUCCUACGCUGUGGAAGGCAGUGAUAACGCUUUCCUUCUAAUAGACUACAACGGGUGGGUAAUGUAUGUGAACGGUAAGGAGCGGAUCACGGACUGCCCUGCGGUGAACACUGGUCAGUGGUACCAUAUCGGUGUGUCCUGGAGGAGCUGGGAUGGAGACUGGAGAAUCUACAUCAACGGGAAGCCCUCAGACGGAGGCAAAGGCCUGUCAGUCGGCACCACUAUCCCAGCUGGAGGUGCGCUGGUGUUGGGUCAGGACCAGGAUCAGAGGGGGGAGGGCUUCAACCCUGUCGAAUCCUUCGUCGGCUCCCUCAGCCAGCUCAACAUCUGGGAUCGUGUUCUCACACCACAGCAGAUUAAGGUGCUGGCCAGCAGCUGCCCAGCUUCUCAUGUGACCCACAGAGGGAACGUCCUCGCCUGGCCUGACUUUCUCAGUGGAGUUGUGGGGCGAGUCAAAGUAAACCUCAACAGCAUUUUCUGUGCCGACUGCCCCAAGCUGGAGAACACUGCGCCCCACCUCCACGUCUCCACUGUGGAUGUGCGUCCCGGCGCACAGGUGCAGCUGUCUUGUGAUCCCGGUUUCUACCUGGUGGGGGAGCCUGUGCUGCAGUGCCAAAAUAAAGGAGAGUGGAGUCACAACCUGCCCAGCUGUGAACGUGUGUCCUGUGGACCUCCUCAUCCACUGGAAAAUGGCUUCUUCCAGGGAACAGACUUCCAUGCCGGCAGCUCCGUGGUCUAUGAGUGCAAUGCUGGCUUUUACCUGCUGGGGGACACAAAAGUGCAUUGCACCAACAGCGGCAAGUGGGGAGGAACUCCGCCGGCAUGUUUGGAUGUGGAUGAGUGUGCCCUGGGCUCUGACUUGGUCAGUGGCUGCAUCAGUAAGGUGCCUGAACUCAACGUGAACACCGGGAAUCCUCCGAUGUUUCAGUGUGACGACAGCUACACCCUGGAAGACAAACACACCCUCAAAACUCUUUGCAUCAUUAUUGAGUUCCUUAAUCAGUUUCACAACACUGCCGUGACAAGAAGUCACCCACUCAGCUACUCUUAA